CUUCUGUCACUUCUGUCAUCUGUCUGAAGACAUGUCAGCUGCUUUCGCACUAAUUUUAUAAACAAUUUUCGUUUAUUUGUAUUUGUACGACAUCCUUAUUUCAGUUAAAGAAACGGCUUCGAAAACUGUUGAAAAUGUCUGUACUGACAAGUUCAUCUUGGGAAGACCUAAGAAAAACUGCACGCUUACUGGAAAAUGACAUAGAUGUAAAGUUGGUUGCAUUCAGCAAGCUAGGAGUGAGCACUGGUGCGUCAAGUCUCAGCUCAGAGAGUGUCCCGCUCAUCAACAGCGAUGACAUGUUUGACACCAUGUCCAUGGAAUUGCAGCAGUUAUUAAAUAAGCUUUCGCAAAUCAAUGACAAAAUGUCGGAGCUGGCUCCGAGUGGCGCGGCUACAAUGCACACUAUCAAGAGACACAGAGAAAUACUCAUGGACUACCAGCAAGAGUUCUCGAAGACUAGUGCGCGUGUGAGCGCGCGGCGAGAGCGCGAGGAGCUGCUGCGGGGGGGCAGCCCGCCGCCCGCCGCCGCCGCCGGCCUCAGCCGCCGCGACCAGUUUUCCAAGGAGGCCAACCACCUGCACAGUUCCCAUAUACUGGUGGAUGAGCAGAUCAACAUAGCGAUGGAGGCGCGGGACCACCUCACCUCGCAGCGGCAGACCUUCAAACGCAUGCAGACGCGUUUCAACGACAUUACUAAUAGGUUUCCAAUGCUAAACAGUCUAAUAUACAGGAUAAACGCGCGCAAACGACGUGAUUCUCUAAUCAUCGGUCUCGUGGUAGCAGUAUGUACGUUCCUACUCCUCUUGUACGCAUUCCAUUGACUGCUUUGACUUUGUGAAGGUAUGAACGUGUGAUAUCUGCGCGGCGAUGGCACGCGUUUGAUAGAGAUAUAGUUAGGCUGAAACAUUUAUGUAAAUAGGCUAGAAUACCGGGUCAAAGAUAAAUUAUAAAAUGUUUUGACUUUUCGAAAAAGAUAUCAUUGACUAGGUUGCCCUCGUGCCUAUUGCGGUGGCCGAUUUGAGUUUUUGAACACACUCUAAUAUUGUUAGACAGAGCCGAUUAGACAAAGUUCAUCAGACAUAGCGAAAAUACUAUUUUAUCAGUUAAGUCACCUUCACAAAUGAGAAAGCAAUUUUCUUUUCUCUCGUACAUUAUAUUUAUUAAAUUUAUUUACGUUACCUAACUCGAUUAGAGCUUGUAUAGGUCGCACUUCUGUGCACAUGUCUCCCACAUCAAUUGGAGGCAUUAGGAGAAUAAAAGAGCAGCGAGCUUAGCAACGUAAGCACGCGACUCUUUCUCGCCGCGACAGAGAUCAUCUGUCGCUUUCUGUGCAGUACUGUGAGAGAGUGACUGGUGACGUAUGUCGAGGCGAGAAAGAGUCGCGCGCUUACAGUGCUAAGCCCCGAGAAUAUUAUGUUUUUGUAUAUUUAUUGUGAUGAGCUAUAAGAUAUACUGUUAUGGUGUUACCCUUUUAUUGUCUAUGACUAGGGAAUACAAUGGCCCCGAUUCCUGGAGACACCGUCUAAUUUUAUUUUAAGUUAUAUCUGUCAUUUUCAUAUCCGUCGAAAAGGAAAGGGACGGAUGAUUCACAGCUCUUAAUUUUAGGAAGAAUGAGUAAAUGAACGUGUCGGAUUAUUGACUGAUGUAAAAUUUUUAGACGGUUGGUUUAGAUUUGUGCUUAAAAUUGACGUGUGUUCCAUAAAUUUUAUGCUUGUCGAUUACCCGUCCCUUUCCUUUUCGGCGGAUAAGAAAAUGACAGAUAUAACUUAAAAUAAAAUUAGAUGGUAUUUACAGGAAUUAGCACCAAUAUAUCGUCUAAUCAGCGCCACUUACAAACAGAAUACACCUUUGUAAUCGGAACGAAACACUUAAAAGUCGUAACGCCGACAGUCCUUUUAAAAUCCAAACUCCAUUGUUUUACUAUUGUGUCUAGAAACCUCAUCUUUACGAGGUUAAUUUUACAGAUGUUUUGUUCAUACUUAUAAGGAAACUAAUUAUUUAGCAGUGGAUAGAUAGAUAGAUAAAUAUAGCAGGUGCGUCACGCAAAGGUUCGUUUCUUACGCGUUCCGAUUACAGUAGUAUCAUCCGUAUCUAAAAACAAAAACCUCUCAAUGCAAAAUAUAGCAUUUAAAGUUGGAGCCAACUAUAAGUUUCACCUCUUCAGCAUGAAAAGAUUUUUCGCGCGUAAAAACAAUGAGGAAAAGCGAGUUUUUUUUUUUACUUGGAUUCCAUGGAGAAGGCAAUGGAACAUAGCCAUACAGCCUGAUAUGCAUUUAAACUCAGCGCUUUGUAUGUGAUUUUAUUGAAAUUUAACGUAAUAUUUCAAAUAAAUGCUAGUGAAAAUUAAAUUAACUCAACUGUAUUAUGUUUGGUAUUCAUAAAAUACCCAUCUAAUCCCUGUAAAAAUAUCAUCCCUUUCCUUUCGUCUAUAAAACUUUUCUCGCUGGUAGAGGUGAAAAGUUGUAUGUUUAACACGAGGGCAUUUUUUUUUAUAUUUAGUGUCUUUAAAUCAACUCCUGUUCUCAGUAGUCUGUUUUAGUAUCACUCGCUACCAGUGAUGUGCCGUUCUCGGGAAUAUUCCUAUUUCGUGAAUACUCCCGGCAAUAAAAAGGCGCAAACAGUAUGUAAAAGAGCAUUAUUACCUGAGUGCAAGAAAGAACAGUUUGAAAAAGAAAAGCAGCUAGUGUCCUUACUAUUAAAGCGUUUUGACAACGGGAAUAUUCCUACUUUGGGAACAUUCCCUGGGACGGCACAUUACUGCUUAUUAAUCGUUAUUAAAUUGUAAACUACGUCGCCAGUCCGUGUUUGAGCGUCAGCACUUCCAGAGAAGCACAUCUUUGCCCUCAUGUUGAACAAAUAACUAUUAUUACUAUUAUAAAAAUAACUAUUAAAUAGUUUAUUGUUAUACUAUUUCUCAUAGCACUAUUCAUAUUUCUCAAACUAAAUAUUUGAUUUAUUUAGAAUUUGGAAUGUUACUUUAAUUUCCUUACAUGAAAACUCUCAAACAAAUUGUUUAUUUUAUUUUGUCUGAAGUGUUAAGAUUUUUUAAAAUCAUAUGCCGAUGCGUAUUUCAGAGAUAUAUUAUUUUACAAUUAAUUUUACAACUCACCAUAAACAAGUAGUUCUAUAAUUCUCAAUCAUAUAAAAAGGAAGAUAUCACAUAAUAAAAUAGGCCUAAUAUGUAGAAAAAUGUAAAUAUUAUAUUUAAUCAUCCAAAUAAAACUAAUUAUAUUUUA